UACCGAAAGGAAUCCAGAAAUAUAUUAUCCCCCUAUGGUGGAUAUAACCAGUCCUUCCAAAUCUCCACAAAAACAACAUUCAUCCCAACCAACAUUAUCUCCAAAAACACCAAUUAAAAACCCUAUACAAUUAAAUCGAGAUCGUUUAUUUAAAUCACCUUUGAGCAACAUCUCUACUCCUGUGCAAGGACCUGCUGUUGAUCCGUUAGCUUUAUCUGAAAAUGACCCGAGAAUGACUUUGAGUGCUGGGCAUUCAAUGGAUCAUCUUACACCGAACAGUCAUGUUCAACCUCAAAUGAGUUUAACACAAAAUGAAGGUGCACAGCUUGGAUUUCACCCAAAUACGUCAACUUUGCACCCAUUUGCUGGAAAUGUUCAGCAACAGCAAUUGGCUCAUCCACAAAAUCAAGAAUCGCCAGGAAUUUUCGGACAUCAGCAACCAUCAAAUUUUGAAUUAAAUGACCAUCACAAUCAAUUUUAUCAAAAUCAACAGCCUCAAAAUUUAGUGAAUCCAUCACAUUUAAAUACUGAAUCAUUAAAUCUUCAUAACACGCCUGGUGAUCUUUUAAAUAUUUACCCCUCUAUUUGA